AUGCGUUUCCAGGCCCUCUUCUCCGCCGUCUGUCUCUCCCUCGCGCUCGUCGACGGCGCCGAGGCGCGCUUUGCGCACCACCGCCGCGCCGAGCUGCUCUCGCUGCCCAACUUCCGCACGCCGCUGAGCGCGGCGCGCAAGUUUGCCGCCGAGCAGCACAAGACGUUCUGGAACCUGCGCCGCGACGUCGUCAGCGACACGCUCGCCGCCGUGCCCGUGCUCGGCGAGGUGCCGGCCCUCGGCGCACGCAACGACGACCCCUCCGCCGAUUCGUGCACCGACUGCAGCUCGACGCUGUCGUUCGCGGGCGAUGCGGCCAAGGCGUUCGAGGUGACCAACGACAUCCCGACCGUCGGCUUCAAGACAAAGACGUCCUGGGCCGGCCUGCUGCCCAUCGGCAACCAGACGGCUCGCGAGCUGUACUUCUGGCUGUGGGGCAAGGAUGACUCGCCGUCGGACGACCUCGUCAUCUGGCUCAACGGCGGACCGGGCUGCAGCUCGCUCGGCGGCUUCCUGCUCGAGAACGGCCCGAUCAGCUAUCUCAACACCAAGGACCGCCCGCGCAAGGGCGCCAACACCUGGACGCAGGAGGCCAACGUCAUCUGGGUCGAGCAGCCCGUGGGCACCGGCUUCUCGCAAGGCACGCCCGAGGCCAAGGACGACUCGGACGUGGCGCGUGACUUUGUCGACUGGUGGGACAACGUACUCCUCACCUUCCCCGAGCUGGCCACCAAGCGGCUGUUUGUCACUGGCGAGAGCUACGCUGGCUUCUACGUGUCGUACAUCAUGGCCGAGUUCUACAAGCGCGGCACGUACAACCUCAAGGGCGGCCUGCUCAUCGACGCCACCAUCACCGAGUUCACGGCGUGCAGCGACCUCGUCGCCGACGCUUUCAUCGAUGAUGCGCAGAUGAAGCAGGUGCUCGGCCUCACCGACUACCAGCGUAACCAGGUCUUCCAGGACUCGAAGCACUGCGGCUUCCGCCACUACCUGCGGGACAACCUCGCAUUCCCGCCGAACGGCCCGCUGCCGCCGUACAAUCGCGACUGCGACCGCUUCCCAGCGUCGACGAUGCAGUCGGCCGCAGCGCGCCAGAACCCGGCGUUCGACAUCUACAGGGCCGACGGCAACCGCACGUACUCGAGCGAGUUCGAGCCCACGGGCGACGCCAACACUGGCGCGCAGCACGGCACAUGGUUCAGCAACCCGGACCUGCAGGCGGCCAUCCACGCGCCCAACCAGACGUGGGAGUUCUGCACGACGCAGCAGGUCUUCCCCAACGGCGACGCCAGCGCGCCGGCCGUUGAGUCGGUGCUUCCUGGCGUCAUCGAGGCGUCGUCGUCGGGCUUCAUCGUCGCCGGCGGUGGCCAGGACGCGCUCGUCAUCACCAACGGCACGCUGCUCGGCAUCCAGAACAUGACGUGGGGCGGUGCCCAGGGCCUCUCGACGCCGCCCACGACGCCGCUGAUUGGCAAGGACGGCCAGGUGGCCGGCUCCUUCACCACCGACCGCAACCUGACGUUUGCCGAGAUUCCGUACUCCGGCCACAUGAUCCCUGCCGACGCCCCGCAGGCCGGCCUGGCGCUGCUGCGUGCGCUGCUCGGCGUGCAGCCGCUGUCGGGCUGA